AUGUUGCGUGUGGACUUGGAGGACUUUGAAGGGAACACAGCAUAUGCCGAGUAUAACUUGUUUGGUUUUAUGAGUGAGAAACACAAGUACAAGCUGAUCCUUGGUUCCUAUUCAGGUAGAACUGUCAUUUCGUCGCUUCUAUUCCAGUCAUUCUAAGAGGGAGAAGGGGGGGGGGGAGGAGGAGAGUGCUGAGUGAUGUAAAUAUGCUUUACAUAUUUUACACUGAUAGCUUUGGAAGACAAAAAAAUUAAUUUCAUCGAUAUGCAAUCCUGAACAGUGCAUACCAGACAUUGAUUAGUCCAAAUGUAUUCGCCGGUGGAUCAUGCACAGUUAACCUGACGAACUAAUUCAACUAUGAUGAGUGUCUCGGUAAACAUAUUUAUUGGCAUUAUCAUGUUGAGUGAUUAAUCUCAAGAAUCUUUGACAUAAAUCAUAGAUAUUAAUAAGAAUACUUUUACUCCAUUUCAUCAUGGUUAAAUUAUACUUAUCUGAUAUUUCAUGAUUUCUUUUGAAUUACGAACGGCUCAUUGUUGGUAAAACGUAACACUCAUAUUGCUGCUCGUUUUGUCAGGAACUUCUGGUGACUCUCUUGCUAUGCAUCGCCGCAUGCCAUUCACCACUAAAGAUCAAGAUAAUGACCAUCAUGGAGGUCAAAACUGCGCCAAUAAGUUCAAAGGAGCCUGGUGGUACAAGACUUGUCACCACUCAAAUCUCAAUGGUUUAUAUCUUCGUGGCCAGCACUCCUCGUAUGCUAAUGGAGUGAACUGGAAAGACUGGAAAGGACAUCGUUACUCCCUCAAGAGAACCGAGAUGAAAAUAAGACCAGUGGAUUUCUGAACUGUCAUGUUUAUCGAACAACAAUGAUACAGUACCAACUUAACCAAAAAAACGAGUUUCUCGAUCAAGUCUAUUCAGCAUGUAAUAAUUACUCUUAAAUUGGAGCUUAGCGAAAUGUGAUUCAGGUUUUUCUUGCUUCUUUGUGCGUGUUUUUCAAAAUAGGAAUAGUCGAUUCUGUAGAAUGGGCCAGUUAACCGAUAAUAAUAAUCAUCAUAAUAGCAAUAAUAACUUAAUCUAUAUAGCAGUAGAUGCAAAAAGCUCCUGAUCAUAGUUGUAAAUUGACAGUUCAUCAUCAGUAGCUGUGGAAAAAUGCGUCUUUAAUUUGUUCUCAAAAAACAGAAACUAAUGGACUCAAUUUAAGGUUUAUGGGUGAGACAUUCUAUAGCCUGGGGGCAGCGGCUGAAUAGACCCUGCCUUCAUAAAAUUUUAGGCGGGUCUGAGGUAUUCACAAGAGUUAUCCUCGAAUCUAAAUGGCUUGUAUCAUCAUAGCCAUCAGGCGUCCUACGCUCCUUCUAUCUCGGUUCUACAAGUUUUGAUUCUUUACAAUUUUGACUCGUAUUUUCAGUUGACGGAACGCAAAGCGAUCACACAGCCUUGGUUUUUUUAAAGUCAAGAUCAGAAGAAUAAACCUAGUCGCUAAUUCAGUUCUAGUUCCCUUUGAUUUCUAUAACGAAACCCCAAACAAUCACCCAAUAAUUUGAAUCUAAAGAACGCUGUCAGAAAAACAAAUAUUUCAAGCUCUAGUGUACACUGGAAUGCAGCACUGUAAUGUGGAUGAUUCUAAAAUGCUUCAUAUGUUGCUUUUAUUUGAAUUUUCUUAGCUUUUGCUAAAGUAAAUACCUUGCACUGCUAUUGAUAAACAUAUUGCAAUUUUAAUCAUAAGAACACGUUGUCACGCACAAGGUCCAUUUUGCAGAUAUGGCUCAUCAGGUGAUUGUUUUACAAAGUGAGUUUGUAGAAAUAACAAAUGUAAGGAUGAGUAGGUGAAAUAUGUUUUGUUUUAUUCUAGCCUCGGAGCCACUUUAGAAUUUUGAUGUAUCGAAAGUGGCCUAUUGGAUCGAUUGUGAUCUUUGCAGGCUGAAAGAGGACUCCUUACAGCUUUAGUUACUUAUAAAUGAUUAAAAUCUAUGAUACAUAAAAGUUUCGGUUUUUCACAAUUUCAAUGCGAUGGGGAACGAAAUCAAGAAACGGAGACCUUUCUUUCAGCUCGUUCUGCGGCUAUGGCGUCCAAUUCGUGUAAAGUUUUAAAUUUAGACGUGAGUUUGUCUACAUCUUUAGGUGCGCGUCCCAGGUACCGAGGAAUCUGCAGGUAGGUUUCCACCAUCCACGCUCUGAAAUUCAUGUCUCUGGUGAAAGCAAGAAAUUUGUUAGUGGCAGGCUCAAACGAUUCACCUUCGUUUCACCCUUUACACCCUAACAUCAGGAUGCAUAUUCUCCAUACUGCUCUCUAUACAUUUCCUCAGCUGAUGACAGGGAGAAUUUGUUUAACGAUCAAGAGCUUCUUCAGUUGUUGGUCAUUUUUUUUUUCUCAUGACCUUAAUGUUUGAUUCAGGGGUAACAAUGUAAGGAGAAAUUAAGUGGUAGUCAUUCUUAAGGGUCAGCACGGAUUCAAUGAAAGCCGAUUGGCGGCGGUGUCUCUCCGCAUAUAGGACCUCUUACCGCCGUCUGUUUAGCCUACGAGCUGGCUCUUGUGUUUGGGUUUGUAUAAAAUAGGAUGCCAGUCGUAAAACGUAUGGUCAGACGUGAUGUAGGAGUAUCAUUCGAUAAUUGAAAGUAUAAUAACCGGAAGUAGAGUUGUAACAGAGAACCGGAAGUCAGAACACUUUAAGGACAGGUAAGGUUGAAUUGUCGUUCGAACUGGCGGCUCCCCCCACGCAAUAAAACUCGUUCUGAGAAGCGCAAAAAUUCUACAUGGAAUAUAUGAUGAGAACUACAAGAAAUCUUAUCUCAGGCGAUGGCACUGAGAAGAACUUCUCACUUAUUUGGAAAACAGAAUUACCCUAUUCUGACGUCGAAGACGUACGAUGCAAAGAUGGUCCCUACCUUUGACCAUAGACUACUGUGCUUUAUGUGGCCUCCCCUAGAUCCGCUCCCGUGUUAUUUUAUGUAUAUUUUUGGGUCAUAUCGGUCGUUCGUUUUGGUCGCUUGGUUCGUUUUGUUUCGAUCGUUUUGCUUUGGUCAUUUCGGUGGUUUCGCACGUUUCGUUUCGUUUUGCUGUAUCAUUUCUUCAUCCUGGUUGCCUGAGAGAAAGCCACCAGCUAAAAAAGCAAAAGAUUUUAGGCAAACACGAUCUUAAACUAGAAAUAUUUAUGUUUUCUAUUGUCAAUUCUACUGCGUUUGUGUUCCAACAAUUAUCAUUCACAUCUAAUCAUUUGAGGCUUUUUCAUAGAAUUUGACUUUCCGGCACUUUUCAAAAACCUUGUACUGGAUUAUCAAAAAUAUAAAAGACCAAAACCAUGAACUGAUGAAUACCUACAAUUGGAACGUAUGAUUAGGAAGAAAAACUAAAGCGCGUCCGUUCAUCGUUUAUUAAACAUAUUUUGUUUUGUAACCAUGAUUACAGCACUUAAAAUAGUUUUAUUAACGAUGGCACGACACCACUUUUUUAGCGAUUGAUAUUCUUUGGGGUAUUUAAGACCCUCACUUUAAUCUAAUAGAAAAAGAAAGACCCCUUAUACGGUAUUUUCGUGGUUUAAAUAUUUGGAACAAUGACCGUAUCCUUUGACGGCCGUUUGAAGAUUUUUCUGACGGCCUUAACAUUCUGCUUGUUUUUGAGAUACAACUAAUUAGUAAAUAAACCCAUUCGGGCGGCUGGUAAAUCGGCUGAUAAUGUCCACGGCUGAGAUAUUGUCCAAAAAUUUUAAAAAAUAUUUGGCCGAGCAGCAAAGCUUCGAGGGAAAAUAUGACGUUUUUAUGACAAUCUUUCAGCCAAGGACAAUAUCAGCCGAAAUACCAGCAAGCCAGAAAGAGGUUUAUCUAUUUUAAAACGUACCCUCCUCUUAAUUCUCAUAUCACCCGAGACCGCUCGUGAAAAACAAGUGCUUAUCUGAUGCGGAUGCGCAGUUGCGACCAGCUUUUUAAUAUUUUACUAGACUCUACAAAAAGAGUGUUUUUUGUAAAGUAGCCAGUAUAUGGGCGCGAAAAUUAAUGGGUUGAUUAUAACGUCCUAGGCUUGUUUCAAAUUUCCCUCGAGACUUUGUCUCACUGUGUUUGGGUUCCUACAAUUAUUGAUCUCAUCUCAUCAUUUGUAGCUUUGUUUGCAGGACUCUUAUUGAGGUAUUUCAUUGAGUAUUAUACUUCUACAAUGUUAUUUAGAGAAAACCAGUCACCCACAGUUAACACAAAAGCAGUGAUCUGAUGACUAGAAAUAAGUAGAACAGCUGAACAGGAAGAAGGCCUGUGGCGUUUAUGUUCACCACUCAUAACAUACCCAAACACAAUAUCAAGUACAACAAACAUUUUGUCAGUCAGAAGGUAAGAAAUAUAUUUGUAAGCUACUUUCCAUUUUUUGCACGAGGGUCAACGUAUUCACAGGAAUUAUGUCGAGCGACGAUGAAAAUGAUGUUAUUAAUAAAGCUCUGUUGAGGGGCGUUCGAAAUGGUAGCCUUAGGAACCCUCUAUGGGGAUCAUUUGCAUUGUCAACUCAGUUAUUAGAACUAAGUUACCUUGUGGUUAAUAACAACCUCUUUUAACAAGAGUACCCUACCGCAAAUAAGGUUUUCGCGCACGAUGAGAAGUACAGUAUCGUACAACGCUUACCUGUUACAGUAUCGCACAACGCUUACUUGAAAAAGUGUAUCACAUUCUCUGCAACACUGUAUAUUUUAUUAUUACGUAGGCCUAUGGCUUCCUGGGUGAAAAAAAAAAUUCAAAGUCGACAUGUACCUCUUGCAUUUUAUCGCCAUUUUUUCUAAGUUUCUGGGCACUUUCUAGUAAGAUCAGUUUUUUCAGCGGACAGAUAUUAAGUCGAAAUGUUUAGUUUGUGGUGAUAUCGUUUAUAAUGAUUUCGGCAUGUACCAAGACCCGAAACAGCAAAACGAAACAAGUGAAACGACUGAAAGGAAACGACCCCAGAAAAUGUAGAUUUCACUUCAGAUAAUCUCUCGCAUAUAAUGCUUUUAAAUAUUAUGGCCGUCUCACGAGACUUUAUUUUUUCUCCACCUCGCGAGCAGCUGAAACUUAAAUUUGACACUCAUAUGCAGUUUUCAGGACGGAACGCCAGCCAAAUUGAAUUACAAAGCGUAAGGAGAGGAAGAAACAGAUAACGGUAUUCAUUGACAACAUCUAUGUACGUGAGCUUUUUGGUGAGGAAAAUGCGACACGUUGUGUAGUUCUAAAAAUUCCGACAUAUUUUCAUAAAUUUUCAACUUAAAAAACGUAAACCUGUCAUAACCUGUCAUAAUACAUAUCACCAAGGAAAAUAAGACUGCGUUGUGUAAUUCUAAAACUUCUUACAUGUCUCGCUGAAAGUGCCUUAACCAACUGGAUUUUCAUAGAAAUAUUUCAUUGACUGUCAUAUCUAGUGGUACUAAGAUGAGACUCCGUAGUCAUUUAGAUUUAAACGCAAAAGCUUUGACCUGAUGACUAACAACAAUUAGAACAGCUGAACAGGAAGAAGGACUGUGGCGUAUAAAACAGAGGUUUUGUUUUGUAACCAUAGUUACAGAAGUUCAAACAGUUCUAUAAAUUGAAGAAAAGCACGACACCAUAAAGUUUUCAUUAUUGAUACCCUCAAGAACAAAACCAAGUACAGAAAAACACUUUUUCGCUCAGAAGGUAAGAGAUCUGUGAGCUACUUAUCUACAUUUCUUAGACCAAGCCUUUCUUGCUCAGACCAAUUGCGUUAAUUGCAGAAUUGAUUACGAAAAAUUUUGAGCAAAUUUCUGUCAAUUCAGCCACGCGAUAUUUCACAUUCUGUCUCACCCUUCUGGUCAAAGUUGUUAUAAAUUUGAAAAUUUUUAGGUUGAAGUUCUCAAAUAUCAUCCGAAAGUCAUAGAAUGCUCGUGACCUGUCUAACUAAGAUAAAAUCUGGUGAUGUUUAAUGCUAACCACCAUGUUCAACUACCAUGAGCAAUACGAGACAUAAAAAACUUAGGCCUCUGUACUUUACAUACAUUCUAUCGCAUUGUUCAAUUUAAAGUUGCUUCAAAGUUAAUCUUCAUGUUAAUAAUGCGCAAUGCUGUUCUAUCGUAGUGAAGAACAUUUUGAGAUAAAAAAGGAUAAAUUGUUAACAUUUUGUAUUUCAGAAGUGAUCUGAAAUCUUUGUCGGUAGCAAGUCUACAAAAAUUUGUUUCUUGCUCUUAACUUGAUUGCCGCAAGUCAUCAGGAUAAAUUGUUCACAUUUUGUAUUUUCAGAAGUGAUCUGACAUCUUUGUCGGUAGCAAGUCUGCAAAAAUUUGUUUCCUGCUCUUAACUUGACUGCCGCAAGCUCAAAGUUAAACAGGCUGAAAAUAGACAUAUUGAUAAACUCCUGUCACCUCAGAUAAGGGUGAUGUGCUCCAUUUCGUUCUUCUUCGAAGCUUUAUAAAAUAUUGGGUCUUAUAAGAAUAAGAUGAAAUUUACAAGAUAGAGUAAGAAUUUAAAAAUACUCCAGUGCAGACAGCUGCCUAACAUUUGUCAACAUUCAAAUUUACAGGAAAACAGUAAGGUUAUAUUUUGGGACGCUCACUAUUAUACUGAUUACCUUGAAUUUAAUUAUUUAUUUAUAGCAAUGCAGUUCAAGUUUUCUCUUCAACCGAUCAUUAGUAUUCUCUAUAUCUUCCUUGGAAUUAUUCUCCCAUCAUGCUUCUGUUGCACCGGUGAGUAUAGAUCCCUUUUUAAAUUUUUGUGUUUCCUCUUUCUGGUGUCGCUUCCUCAAAACAAUUACACGAACUACAUACGCUACCUGCUGAUCAAAGUAAAUAACCUUAAAGCAGACAAUCCGCUUUAUCUGACUCAAAAUGUCUUCUAUUUAACAAAUAGAGAAGCCUUGACUGUGCCCUGUUCUGUCGUAAAGCACGCACGAAGCGGUUCGAGUACGAAAAACAAGUGUAGGGAGAAACACGAGACGUAGUACAAUAAGCCAAUCAGAAUCGCUGUUAUAACAGUUCAAAUAUCUGAUUGGCUAUCAAAGUUCACAUUCUGCAAUUGUUUACAAACUUAAAUAGUUUGGCAGGUCGAAUCUCACAAUUUUGCCAGAAGUUUUUUAGUCUCUAAGUGGAGGUGAAAUGUUCCGUGAAAUCCGGCCGAAUUGUGGCUCACAAAAACACGCACGUUUUUUCUCAUGAUAAAUAGUAAACAAACUGCUCAAGGCGAAUUUUAUGAAUGAACGAGAGACGAAUUCAUCGGAACUGGAAGAUUGCUCGAGAUGACUGAGCCGCAAAACUCGGUUGCAGUGACUGAUGUGGCCUUCACCACUCAACACAUCGGAAAGGACGUCAGAGCAAGCUCACUGUUAACGCGAAGGGUGGUCGAUGUAAUUUCUGAGGCUUGUUUCACUGGCGAUCUCCGAGCUAGCCACGUUAGCGCAGUCGCUCGCUCGCAGUCGCUCUGACACCGUCAUGAUUAGUAUGAAUUAUAACAGUUAUGCCACUUUGGCUAUAUUUUUUAUCAUUCCUGUUUUGUUCUGUUUUGCUUUUGAACUCGAACUUUAUAUAUUAUUCGAGUGUUAGCUGUGUUUGAUUUUUAUUACUAUUCGCUUGCAAUCUAACUAAGCGUGAAAACCUUCAAAACUCGGACUGUUCAUUUCGUUUUCACUUUGAGGAUUUUCGUCUCUGCUCACGUUAUAAUAACGUCAAUUACGGCGCCUAACAUGUUUAUAAACCUUUGUUUGGUUGUUCUGUUGCUACAUGCCGACUCACUUGUUUCGAAAUAUCACUUUCAAUUAAAAAAAAGGCUAAAGAAAAGUCCUGGAAAAGAUCGGACAUAAUCCAAUUUGGCAGAUGGUGCGACAGCUUAAGCUCAGCUCUAUGCUCUAUACUCUCAUAGAGCACACUCUUUUAACCAAUGACAGCGCGCGUUAUAUCCGAACUUUAUUUUAAUAUGGAAUAGAGAUACAAAAAAAGUAAAAUUUUUAAAAAAGGCUCAAAAUGAUGAAUUAAAACAAACGAUUCACAGAUAUGGUGGUGCGUUGAUGAACGCUAUGAAAAUAUUCUUGAUGUUUUUUUAAUAUUUUCUUUCCGCUUAUUAAUUCACAAUCAAAGAUUAAUUUUUGGUAAUGAAAGCCUCCCAUUUACGUUGAAUUUCCAAGAGAUGAGAAUCACCUUUAGGAAAAACUCGUCAGGGUUCUCAUGCUGUACAGUUUUGAAAUAAAGUUGUUUAAUAUGCCUUUUUCAUCGAUGAAAAUAAGAAAUUACCUCGAGUAAGUGGAAACUAAAUGAUGUAUUUAUUUUGCCUACCACAGACGACGACUGUCGACACAUCAAAUUCAAAGACCCAAUACCGAACAUGGCCAUGAAAAAUCACGUGAUCAAAAGUGUAGAGGUGCCAAACGAGGGGAGCUGCAGAGUAAUGUGUUAUAUGGAGCCUAAUUGUGUGUCCAUCAAUGUUGGACCUGUUACAGGAGGAAGCCAAAAAUGCGAUUUGAAUAACGCCACGGAGGAAAACCAUGCUUCAUUUCUUCUCGUGAACAAUCCAGGCUACGCUUAUCUUGCAAUCGAGGUAACAUUUCACAUUCUUACGAAACUGAGAUGGUUGAAGAGAUUGUUUAAUUUUCUUAGGCUAAAGUGAUCUUAUUCUUGACAUAAGGAAGAUUAGUUCCAAGGUCAAAAGUUAAUUUUUUUUUUUAACAGAAUCCAUGCAGCAGCAGCCCAUGCUUAAACAGUGGCACCUGUCAGGCUGGAUUCACCUAUAAAGGUUUUCGUUGUGUCUGUUGGGAAAGAUUCACUGGAGAAACCUGUCAAAUCAGUGAAGGUGAAAUGAGAGGAUUGUGUGGGCAAGUCUCUCGUUUAGUACGAGAGGAGUUACUCACUUCAGUCCCAAACUUGACUUCAACAACAAAAUAGUAACCACUGAAGUAAAGCUAAUCAAAGUGGUUUGUGAGCAAACUCGUAAAUUGACAUAUGACUUACAUGAUUUUUAGAUUAUGUUUAAUGUUAUCUGGUUUAGGAAAUUUUGUGGCUGAUUGUCAUAUUUAGAGUACGAGCAGUAGUUCAGUGUUCGCUAAUGUAGCAACGAAACAAAGGUAACGUUUGGAUAAGAAGGCAUUACAACUGAAAUGAUCAUGCCAUUACAUUUGACAAGGGUGAAUGAUGUCAUGUGUUUUAAAUAUAUAUCAUUUUUGUUCCUGGUUCAAAAGAAAAGGUUGGAAGUAAAUGUAGGUGAAAAGUGAAAUUUAUUGUCUAUCAUUGUAAAUAUUGGAAAAUCAAGGCAAUACUGCCUUAAUGAAAACAUGAGUGAUUCCCUCUUUAUCAAAUGAGACAUACAGGAAGGAGUUUUGAGUGAUAUAACUAAGCCCAGACUGCUACCGUCAUUUUGGAUUUCAGCCUGGGUAGAUUUUGGUCACGUGCUAGGCAACGUAUACUCAAAAACAAGAUAAAAUUUCAUUUCAGGCCUAUUUAUCAAUUUUGUGGUGUAUAACUUUCGCAUUUUAGUACGUAAUAUUUGUUUUGAAACUUAAAAUUGUCUUGAAACUUAAAAGAAAAUCGUUCUUUAAAAAUUCGCUGAAAAUCGGUAGCUAAAAUUGUUUGUUUAGGUGUUAUUUGAGUUUCGUGUUAACCUGUAAUUUCGUCAGUCGCCGGCACCUUUUGUUGCUUCACACAGAAAAAACACGCGAUACGUAAUGUAAUGAUCGAUUUUGUCCCCAAUCUCACGCCAUAACAGAAAAAGCUUUUGAACACCUUACUGCUUCGGUGUAAGUAAUAUUUUUAAUGAAUCUUCGGAUUGUUUUCAAGUUCAAGGAUUGUAAAUUACAAUUUUAUGAAAAACGAAUGUUGUUCUGUUAUUUCAGUGUGAAUCCUGGCACGCAUGCCAGUCGCUGGCGCCGCUUGUUGAAACUUAAACGAAAAAAAAAACCUCUUUUAAGAUUAUCAUUGGCUUCUUUUUCACCCCACCACUAUUCUUAGGAACAAAGGUCGCCAUUUCGUUUGUUCAUUACUCGCCAAAUACUCUCAAAUGCACUCAAAAGCCUAAAAUUGAAAAAAAGUUUACAGGAAUCGACCAAUCGAGCGAGGGAGCGAGCGAGUGCCAUUCUCCACAUCAUAUCUACAACUCGCUCUUGCGCAUGCAUGCAAUUCACGAGUUAAAAAGGAAAAGCCUAUUACUGUAACUUUACAUGAAUAUAGCUGGUAGAUAUUAAGAAAAGGAAAUGGUACUAGUUAAUGUUCAGAAUUACGUUUUAUCAGCCAGAGCAGUAAUCAGGAAGCCAACAAAAACCAGUCAACAUCCAAACCAUUUAAAGUGGGCGUUCGUUUUAUUUUAUUUUUUGUUUGUUUUUACUGAUUUUCAGUCAAAAGAAACUGCUCAGAAAUCUACAAAUCCACGGGUAAACCAAAUGACGGUGUGUACACCAUUAAACCUGAUAAUUUGCCUGCCUUUGAUGUAUACUGUGACCAAACAACAGCCGGUGGUGGUUGGACAGUGUUCCAGAAAAGACUGAAUGGCUCGGUUGACUUCUACCGCUACUGGAACGACUACAAACAUGGCUUUGGUGACCUGAAAAGUGAAUUUUGGUUGGGACUGGACAAGAUUCACCGGCUGACCUCAGAUAAUAACAGCAUGCUACGUGUGGACUUGGAGGACUUUGAAGGGAAUACUCGAUAUGCUGAGUAUAACAUGUUUGGUGUUAUGAGUGAGAAAGACAAGUACAAGCUGAUCCUUGGUUCCUAUUCAGGUAAAACUGUCAUUUCGUCGCUUCUAUUUUAGUCAUUCUAAGAGGGGUAGGGGGGGGGAAGAAGAGUGCUGAGUGAUGUAAAUAUGCUUAACAUAUUUUACACUGAUAGCUUCGGAAGACAAAAAAAGUAAUCUCAUCGAUAUGCAAUCCUGAACAGUGAAUACCAGACAUUGAUUAGUCCAAAUGUAUUCGCCGGUGGAUCAUGUGCAUUUAACCUGACGAACUAAUCCAACUAUGAUGAGUGUCUCGGUAAACAUAUUUAUUGGCAUUAUCAUAUUGAGUGAUUAAUCUCAAGAAUCUUUGACAUAAAUCAUAGAUAUUAAUAAAAUACUUUUACUCCAUUUCAUCAUGGUUAAAUUAUACUUAUCUGAUAUUUCAAGAUUUCUUUUGAAUUACGAACGGCUAAUAGUUGGUCAAACGUAACGCUCAUACUGCGGCUCAUGCAUUUUGUCAGGAAAUUCUGGUGACUCUCUUGCUUAUCAUCGCGGUAUGCCGUUCACCACUAGAGAUCAACAUAAUGACAAUCAUAGAAUUCACAACUGCGCCAAUAAGUUCAAAGGAGCCUGGUGGUACAAGAAUUGUCACAAAUCAAAUCUCAAUGGUUUAUAUCUUCGUGGCAAUCACUCCUCCUAUGCUGAUGGAGUGAACUGGAAAGACUGGAAAGGAUAUCAUUACUCCCUCAAGAGAACCGAGAUGAAAAUAAGACCAGUGGAUUUCUGAACUGUCAUGUUUAUGGCACAACAAUGAUACAGUACCAACUUAACCAAAAAACGACUGUCUCGAUCAAGUCUAUUCAGCAUGUAAUAAUCACUAUUAAAUUGGAGCUUAGCGAAAUGUUGUUCAGGUUUUUCUUGCUUCUUUGUGCGUGUUUUUCAAAAUAGGAAUAGUUGAUUCUGUAGAAUGGGCCAGUUAGCCUAUAAUAAUAAUCAUCAUAAUAGCAAUAAUAACUUAAUCUAUAUAGCAGUAGAUGCAAAAAGCUCCUGAUCAUAGUUGUAAAUUGACAGUUCAUCAUCUCAUCAUCAGUAGCUGUGGAAAAAUGCGUCUUUAAUUUGUUCUCAAAAAACAGAAACUAAUGGACUCAAUUUAAGGUUUAUGGGUGAGACAUUCUAUAGCCUGGGGGCAGCGGCUGAAUAGACCCUGUCUUCAUAAAAUUUUAGGCGCGUCUGAGGUAUUCACAAGAGUUAUCCUCGAAUCUAAAUGGCUUGUAUCAUCAUAGCCAUCAGGCGUCCUACGCUCCUUCUAUCUCGGUUCUACAAGUUUUGAUUCUUUACAAUUUUGACUCGUAUUUUCAGUUGACGGAACGCAAAGCGAUCACACAGCCUUCGUUUUUUUAAAGUCAAGAUCAGAAGAAUAAACCCAGUCGCUAAUUCAGUUCUAGUUCCCUUUGAUUUCUAUAACGAAACUCCAAACAAUUACCCAAUGAUUUGAAUCUAAAGAACGCUAUCAGAAAAACAAAUAUUUCAAGCUCUAGUGUACACUGGAAUGCAGCACUGUAAUGUCGAUGAUUCUAAAAUGCUUCAUAUGUUGCUUUUAUUUGAAUUUUCUUAGCUUUUGCAAAAGUAAAUACCUUGCACUGCUAUUGAUAAACAUAUUGCAAUUUUAAUCAUAAGAACACAUUGUCACGCACAAGGUCCAUUUUGUAGAUAUGGCUCAUCAGGUGAUUGUGUUACAAAGUGAGUUUGUAGAAAUAACAAAUGUAAGGAUGAGUAGGUGAAAUAUGUUUUGUUUUAUUCCCCCUAGCCUCGGAGCCACUUUAGAAUUUUGAUGUAUCGAAAGUGGUCUAUUGGAUCGAUUGUGAUCUUUGCAGGCUGAAAGAGGACUCCUUACAGCUUUAGUUACUUAUAAAUGAUUAAAAUCUAUGAUACAUAAAAGUUUUCUGUUUUUCACAAUUUCAAUGCGAUGGGGAACGAAAUCAAGAAACGGAGACCUUUCUUUCAGCUCGUUCUGCGGCUAUGGCGUCCAACUCGUGUAAAGUUUUGAAUUCAAACGUGAGUUUGUCCACAUCUUUAGGUGCACGUCCCAGGUACCGCGGAAUCUGCAGGUAGGUUUCCACCAUCCACGCUCUGAAAUUCAUGUCUCUGGUGAAAGCAAGAAAUUUGUUAGUGGCAGGCUCAAAAGAUUCACCUUCGUUUCACCCUUUACACCCUAACAUCAGGAUGCAUAUUCUCCAUACUGCGCUCUAUACAUUUUCUCAGCUGAUGACAGGGAGAAUUUGUUUAACGAUCAAGAGCUUCUUCAGUUGUUGGUCAUUUCUUUUUUUCUCAUGACCUUAAUGUUUGAUUCAGGGGUAACAAUGUAAGGAGAAAUUAAGUGGUAGUCAUUCUUAAGGGUCAGCACGGAUUCAAUGAAAGCCGAUUACCGGCGGUGUCUCUCAGGAUGUAAGACCUCUUACCGCCGUCUGUUUAGUUACGAGCUGGCUCUUGUGUUUGGGUUUGUUUAAAAAACUAUCAAAUGCCAGUCGUAAAACGUAUGGUCAGACGUGAUGUAGGAGUAUCAUUCGAUAAUUGAAAGUAUAAUAACCGGAAGUAGAGUCGUAACAGGGAACCGGAAGUCAGAACACUUUAAGGACAGGUAAGGUUGAAAUGUCGUUCGAACUGGCGGGCUCCCCACGCAAUAAAACUCGUUCUGAGAAGCACAAAAAUUCUACAUGGAUUAUAUGAUGAGAAUGACAAGAAAUCUCAUCUCAGGCGAUGGCACUGAGAAGAACUUCUCACUUAUUUGGAAAACAGGAUUACCCUAUUCUGACAUCGAGAACGUACGAUUCAAAGAUGGUCCCUACCUUUGACUAUAGACUACUUUGCUUUAUGUGGCCUCCCCUAGAUCCGCCCCCGUGUUAUUUUAUGUAUAUUUUUGGGUAAUAUCGGUCGUUCGUUUUGGUCGCUAGGUUCGUUUUGUUUCGAUCGUUUUGCUUUGGUCAUUUCGGUGGUUUCGCAUGUUUCGUUUCGUUUUGCUGUAUCAUUUCUUCAUCCUGGUUGCCUGAGAGGAAGCCACCAGCCAAAAAAGCAAAAGAUUUUAGGCAAACACGAUCUUAAACUAGAAAUAUUUAUGUUUUCUAUUGUCAAUUCUACUGCGUUUGUGUUCCAACAAUUAUCAUUCACAUAUAAUCAUUUGCGGCUUUUUCAUAGAAUUUGACUUUCCGGCACUUUUCAAAAACCUUGUACUGGAUAAUCAAAAAUAUAAAAGAUCAAAACCAUGAACUGAUGAAUACCUACAAUUGCAACGUAUGAUUAGGAAGAAAAACUAAAGCGCUUCUGUUCAUCGCUUAUUAAACAUAUUUUGUUUUGUAACCAUGGUUACAGCACUUAAAACAGUUUUACUAACGAUGGCGCGACACCACUUUUUUAGCCAUUGAUAUUUUCCGGGGUAUUUAAGACCCUCACUUUAAUCUAAUAGAAAAAGGAAGACCCCUUAUAUGGUAUCUUCGUGCUUUAAAUGUUUGGAACAAUGACCAUAUCCUUUGACAGCCGUUUAAAGAUUUUUCCGACGGCAAACAUUCUGCUUGUUUUGAGACACAACUAAUUAGUAAAUAAAACCGUUCGGGCGGCUGAUAAAUCGGCUGAUAAUGUCCACGGCUGAGAUAUCGUCCAAAAAUUUAAAAAAAUAUAUGGCUGAGAAGCAAAGCUUCGCGGGAAAAUGUGAAGUUUUUAUGACAAUCUUUCAGCCAAGGACAUUAUCAGCCGAAAUACCAGCGAGCCAGAAAGGGGUUUAUCUAUUUUAAAACGCACCCUCCUCUUAAUUCUCAUAUCACGCGAGACCGCUUGUAAAAAAACAAGUGCUUAUCUGAUGCGGAUGCGCAGUUGCGACCCGCUUUUUAAUAUUUUACUAGACUCUACAUAAAGAAUGUUUUUUUGUAAAGUAGCCAAUAUACUGGCACGAAAAUUAAUGGUUGAUUAUAACGUCAUAGGCUUGUUUCAAAUUUCGCUCGAGACUUUGUCCCACUGUGUUUGGGUUCCUACAAUUAUUGAUCUCAUUUCAUAAUUUGCAGCUUUGUUUUAGAGUUAGACUUGCUGGCUUUUUUCAAAACUCCUCUGGAGGACUCUUAACGAGGUAUUUCAUUGACUACUAUACUUUUCCAGUGUUACUUAGAGAAAAACCAGUCACCCACAGUUAACACAAAAACAAUGAUCUGAUAACUACAAAUAAGUAGAACAGCUGAACAGGAAGAAGGUCUGUAGCGUUUAUGUUCACCACUCAUUAAACCAUUCCGUUUUGUAACCAUAGUUACAGCACUUCAAACACUUCUCUGGAGGGUAACAAGACACGACUUUCACUUCUGACACAUCCAAACACAAUAUCAAGUACAACAAACAUUUUGUCAGUCAGAAGGUAAGAAAAUAUAUUUGUAAGUUACUUUCCAUUUUUUGCACGAGGGUCAAUUUAUUCACAUGAGUUAUGUCGAGCGACGAUGAAAAUGAUGUUAUUAAUAACGCUCUGUUGAGGGGCGUUCGAAAUGGUAGCCUUAGAAACCCUUUAUGGGGAUCAUUUGCGUUUUCAACUCAGUUACUAGAACUAAUUUAUCUUGUGGUUAAUAACAGCCUCUUUUAAGAAGAGUACCCUACUACAAAUAAGGUUUUCGCGCGAGAUGAGAAGUACAGUAUCGUACAACGCUGUAUAUUUUAUCAUUACUAAGGCCUAUGGAUUCCUGGGGAAAAAAAAACCUCAAGGUCGACAUGUACCCUUUGCACUUUAUCGCCAUUUUUCCUAAGUUUCUGGGUACUUUCAAGUGAGAUCAGUUUUGUCAGCGGACAGAUAUUGAGUCAAAAUGUUUGGUUUGUGAUGAUAUCAUUGAUAAUUUCGGCAUGUACUAAGACCCCAAACAGCAAAACGAAACGACCGCAGAAAAUAUAGAUUUAACUUCAGAUAUUCUCUCGCAUUUAAGGUUUUUAAAUAUUAUGGCCGUAAUAUUAUCCACCACGCGAGUAGCUGAAAGUAAAAUUUGACAUUUAUAUGUAGUUUUCAGGACGGAACGCCAGCCAAAUUAAAUACCAAAGCGUAAGGAUAAGAAGAAACAGAUAGCAGUUUCAUUGACAACAUCUAUGUACAUGACUUUUUUAUUGAUUUUUUUUUUCAAGAAGGUUCCCUUCGCUUCACAUGCUUCACUCCACUUCACUUCUAUUUUUCGUUUUCUUUCAUAUUUACAAGAUAUUCCUUUGACCCGCAGAUAGCAAAUUCUAAUCGAGGCGGGUCAAAUUUGGUUAUUUAUUGAUUAAUUAAUUUUUUUCUUUACUGACUUAAUUUAAUUACACUGGAAAUAAAACGGGAAUGAAGAAAUAUAACAUAAAAGGACGAAAAGAUAAAAGGAAAAUGGCAGAUGUUCAUUGUAAAGGAGAAAAAGUCUUAGCGUUUUUAAGUGCACGAAAAAUAUUGUAGAACUGGUUCAAUUUGAUUCGAUUUUGCUGUUUGAAUUUUAGCAUUAUCUCAUCAGGCUCCACAUAAGAAUCUUCUAAGAAUCUAGAAUAUUGAGAAGAACUCUUUUUGUUUCCUUUUCGAAGGAUUUCUUUGACAAAUUUCUGUAUUCAUUAGGCAUCUUAUUUCAGACUUUGACACCAACACGCGAAAAGGCUUUUUUUUGCAUUUUAAGGUCGUUAGGUUCGCUUCAAUUCCAUCGUUCUGUUUUGGUCAUUUCGGUGGUUUUGCAUGUUUCGCUCGUUUCGUUUCGUUUCGCUGUUUCGGGUUUUAGUAAAUGUCAUUAAUUUUCAUGAUAUCAUUUCUUCAUCCUGGUUGCUUGGGAAAAUAAGAGUAAUUUCGACGAGAGCAUUUUAAGCAAGAUGCAUUCUGAAUUGGAAAAUCAUAACCUUAUAUGUAACACCGUGGUUAACUCCGGAGGAAAAUGCGACACGUUGUGUAAUUCUAAAAAUUCAUAUUUUCAUAAAUUUUCAAUUUGAAAGACACAAAACCGGUCAUAGCACUUUAAUCAUCUCCAGGGAAGAUAGGAAAACAUUGUGUAGUUCUAAAACUUCUUACAUGUCCCGCCGAAGGUGUUUUGACCAAAUAAUUUGUAGCUUUGUUUAAGAGUUAGACUUGCCAUAUAAGUUUUUCAAAACAUUCUACUGGAUUUUCAUUGAAGUAAUUCAUUGACUGACAUAUCAAGUUGUAGUAAGAUGAGACACCGCAGUCAUUUAGAUUUAAACACAAAAGCUUUGACCAGAUGACUAACAACAAUAAGAACAGCUGAACAGGAAGAAGGACUGUGGCGUAUAAAACAGCGGUUUUUUUUAACCAUGGUCACAGAAGUUCAAAACAUUCUAUAAAUUAAAGGAAAGCUCGACACCAUAAAGUUUUCACUGUUGAUAUCCCCAGGAACAAAACCAAGUACGAAAAACGCUUUUUCGCUCAGAAGGUAAGAAAUAUCUCUGUGAGCUACUUAUCUAUAUUUCUUAGACCAGGCCUUUCUUGCUCAGACCAAUUGCGCUGAUUCCAGAAAUAAUCGAGAAAAAUUUUGUGUAAAGUUGUGUCAAUUCAGCCACACGAUAUUUCACAUUCUGUCAUAUCCUUCUGGUCAAAGUUGUUACAAAUUUGAAAUUUAUUAGGUUGAACUUCUCAAAUACCAUCCGUAAGUCAUAGAAUACUUGCGACCUGUCUUACUAAGAUAAUAUCGGGUGAUGUUUAGUGCUGAUUACCAUGCUCAACUACCACGGGCAAAACGAGCCCUAAAAAACUUAGGCCUCUGUACUUUACAUACAUUUUAUCGCAUUCUUCGAUUUGAAGUUGCUACAAAGUUAAUCUUCAUGUUAAUAAUGUGCAAUGCUGUUCUAUCGUGCUGGAGAAUUGUUUGAGAUAAACAAAGGAUAAAUUGCUAAAAUUUUGUAUUUCAGAAGUGAUCUGACAUCUUUGUCGGUAGCAAUUCUGCAAAAAUUUGUUUCUUGCUCUUAACUUAACUGCCGCAAGUUCAAAGUUAAACAGGCUGAAAAUAAACAUAUUGAUAAACUCCUUUUACCUCCGGUAAGGGUGAUGUGCUCUAUUUCGUUCUUCCCGAAACUUUGUUGAAUAUUAUGGCUUAUCAGAAUGAGAUGAAAUUUACAAGGUAGAGUAAGAAUUUUAAAAAUACUCCAAUGCAGACAAACAACAACGGUCUAUUAUUUCCUCUUUUUGCGCCUUUUGCAGCUGUUAACUCACUUUCGAAAAUGGAUAUGUAAUAUGAAGUAAUUCAUACUAUGCUUUAUUUUUUGUGCAAGGAAUGACACAAGUCUGUUAGCAUAACAACGUGUUUUAGACCAAUGAAAAAACCGAACGAAGUAUUUGCCUUCGAAAUGUUGUGCUAAUUAAGAGUCCCUUUAAGUAGACAAAGCUGGCAAAUAAUGCCGAGCACCUGCCUAACAUUUGUCAACAACAUUCAAAUUUACAGGAAAACAGGAAGGUGUAUAUUUUGGGACGCUCACCAUUAUAUUUUUUACCAUGAAUUUACAAUCAUUUAUUUACAGCGAUGCAGUUGAAGUUUUCUCUUCAACCGAUCAUUGUUAUUCUCUAUAUCUUCCUUGGAAUUAUUCUCCCAUCAUGCUUCUGUUGCACAGGUGAGUAUAGAUCCCUUUUUAAAUUUUUGUGUUUCCUCUUUUUAGUGUCGUUUCCUCAAAACAAUUACACGAACUACAUACGCUACCUGCUGAUCAAAGUAAAUAACCUUAAAGCAGACAAUCCGCUUUAUCUAACUCAAAAUUUCUUCUAUUUAACAAAUACAGAAGCCUUGACUGUGCCCUGUUCUGUUGUAAAGCACGCACGAAGCGGUUCGAGCACGAAAAAGAAGCGUAGGGAGAAACACGAGACGUAGUACAAUAAGCCAAUCAGAAUCGUUGUUAUAACAGUUCAAAUAUCUGAUUGGCUGUACAAGACUAAAGCUGUCAGAAAUGUCAAACCAUCAAAGUUCACAUUCUGCAAUUGUUUACAAACUUAAAUAGUUUGGCAGGUCGAAUCUCACACUUUUGCCAGAAGUGUUUUAGUCUCUAAGUGGAGGUGAAAUGUUCCGUGAAAUCCGGCUGAAUUGUGGCUCACAAAAACACGCACGUUUUUUCACAUGAUAAAUAGUAAACAAACUGCUCAAGGCGAAUUUUAUGAAUGAACGAGAGACGAAUUCACCGGAACUGGAAGAUUGCUCGAGAUGAUCGACUGAGCCGCAAAACUCGGUUGCAGUGACUGAUGUGGCCUUCACCACUCAACACAUCGGAAAGGACGUCAGAGCAAGCUCACUGUUAACGCGAAGGGCGGUCGAUGUAAUUUCUGAGGCUUGCUUCACUGGCGAUCUCCGAGCUAGCCACGUUAGCGCAGUCGCUCGCUCGCAGUCGCUCUGACACCGUCAUGAUUAGUAUGAAUUAUAACAGUUAUGCCACUUUAGCUAUAUUUUUAAUCAUUCCUGUUUUGUUCUGUUUUGCUUUUGAACUCGAACUUUAUAUACUAUACGAGCGUUAGCUGUGUUUGAUUUUUAUUACUAUUCGCUUGCAAUCUAACUAAACGUGAAAACCUUCAAAACUCGCACUGUUCAUUUCGUUUUCACUUUGAGGAUUUUCGUCUCUGCUCAUAAUAACGUCAAUAACGGCGCCUAACAUGUUUAUAAACCUUUGUUUGGUUGUUCUGUUGCUACUUGCCGGCUCGCUUGUUUCGAAAUAUCACUUUCAAAUAAAAAAAAAAAAAAAAAAGCUAGAGAAAAGUCCUGGAAAAGGUCGGACAUAGUCCAAUUUCGCAGAUGGCGCGACAGCUUUAGCUCAGCUCUAUGCUCUAUACUCUCAUAGAGCACGCUCUUUCAACCAAUGACAGCGCGCGUUAUAUCCGAACUUUAUUAUAGUUAACAAAUAGAGAAGCCUUGACUGUGCUCUGUUCUGUUAUAAAGCACCUAGGAAGCGGCUAGAGCACGAAAGAAGUGUAGGGAGAAACACGAGACGUAGUCGAGUGUUUCUUCCCACUUCUUGAGUGCUCUAGCCGCUUCCUAAGUGCUUUAUAACAGAACAGAGCACAGUCAAGGCUUCUCUAUUUGUUUUAUAAUAAAGAAUCCGUUAAAUUCCCCAUGUAUUACUUUCAAUUUUCAAAACAAACUUUAUUUCCAUACUCUCAUAGAGCACGCUACAAUAAGCCAAUCAGAAUCCCUGUUAGAAUGGUUCAAAUAAUCUGAUUGGCUGUACAAGACAAAAGCUGUCAAAAGUGUCAAACCACCAAAGUUCAAAAACCAUCAAAAACUCUGCGAUAGUUUACAAACUAAAAGAAUUCGGCAGGUCGAAUUUAACGCUUUUGCCUGUAGUUUUUCAUUCAGAAUCUUGAAGUGAAAUGUUCAGUGAACUUCAGCCGAAUUAUGGCUCAUGAAAACACGCGGGUUUUUUCACAUGACAAGGUAGAAAACAAACUGUUCAAGGUGAGUGUUUUUUAAAUGAACGACAGCCGAAUUCACCGGAACAUGAAGAUCGCUCGGGAUGACAGCGCCGCAAAACUCGGCUGCAGUGACUGAAGUGACUUUCCACUCAACACAUUGGAAAGGAUAUCAGAGCGAGCUCUUAUUUUUUCACUCGAAGGGCGGCCGAUGUAGUUUCCGAGGCUUGCUUUACUGUGAUGACCGGAGAUCGGCAUGAUAAGUGAGCCGCGAUGGACUUCAGCAUGAUCAUAUUUGCUCAGACACCGUCAUGAUUAGUAUGAAUUUGAACAAUUAUGCCAGUUUGGUUAUAUUUUUCAUCAUUUCUGUUUUGUUCUGUUUUGUUUUUGAACUCUGAACUUUAUAUACUAUACGAGUGUUGGCUGUGUUUGAUUUUCAUUACCGUACGUAAGCUUGCAAUCUAACUGAGCGUGAAAAUCUUUAAAACUCGGAAUGUCUAUUUUGUUUUUCCUUUGAGGAUUUUCGUAUCUGCCCACGUUUUAAUAACGUAAAUAACGGCGCCUGGUAUGUUUACAAACCUUUCUUUGGUUCUUCUGUUACUACUUGCCGGCUCGCUUGUUCCGAAAUUUCACUUUCAAUUAUCGGAAAAAAACUAAAAAGAAGUCCCGGAAAAGGUCGAACAUGGUACAAUUUGGCAGAUGGCGUGACAGCUUUAGCUCAGUUCUAUGCUCUAUACUCUCAUAUUGCACGCUCUUUCAACCAAUGACAGCGCGUGUUAUAUCCGAACUUUAUUAUAAUAUGGAACAGAGAUACAAAAAAAGUAAAAUUUAAAAAAGGCUCAAAAUGAUGAAUUAAAACAAACGAUUCACAGAUAUAGCGGUGCGUUAAUGAACGCUAUGAAAAUAUUCUUCAUAUUUUUUUAACAUUUUCUUUCCGCUCAAGAAUUCACAAUCAAAGAUUAAUUUUUGGUAAUGAAAGCCUCCCAGUUACGUUGAAAUUUCAAGAGAUGAGAAUCACCUUUAGGGAAAACUCGUUGGGGUUCUCAUGCUGUAAAGUUUCGAAAUAAAGUUGUUUAAUGUGCCUUUUUCAUCGAUGAAAAUAAGAAAUUAUCUCGAGUGAGUGGAAACUAAAUGAUGUAUUUGUUUUGCCUACUACAGACGACGAUAGGCGACACAUUAAAUUCAAGGACCCAAUACCGAACAUGGCCAUGAAAAAUCACGCGAUCAAAAGUGCAGAGGUGCCAAACGAAGGGAGCUGCAAAGUAAUGUGUUUGAUGGAGCCUAAUUGUGUGUCCAUCAAUGUUGGACCUGUUGCAGGAGGAAACCAAAAAUGCGAGUUGAAUAACGCCACGGAGGAAAACCAUGCUCCCUUUCUUCUCGUGAACAAUCGGGGUUACACAUAUCUUGCAAUCGAGGUAACAUUUCACAUUCUUACGAAAGUAAGAUGGUAGAAGAGAUUGGUUCAUUUUCUUAGGCUAAAGCGAUCUUAUUCUUGACAUAAGGAAGAUCUGCACAAAAGUUUACUUUGGUUUGUCAACAGAAUCCAUGCAGCAUCAGCCCAUGCUUAAACAGAGGCACCUGUCAAGCUGGAUUCACCUAUAAAGGUUUUCGUUGUGUCUGUCAGGAAAGAUUCACUGGAGAAACCUGCCAAGUCAGUGAAGGUGAAAUGAGUGGAUUGUGUGGGCCACUCUCGCGUGUAGUACGCGAGGAGUUACUCACUCAAGUCCCAAACUUGACUUCAAGAACAAAAUAUGAACCACUGAAAUGAAGCUAAAAAGGAAAAGCCUAUUAUUGUAACUUUACAUGAAUAUAGCUGGUAGAUAUUAAGGAAAAAGAAAUGGUACUAGUUAAUGUUCAGAAUCAAGUUUUAUCAGCCAGAGCAGUAGUCAGGAAAGCAAAAAAAAAGCAUUAAACAUCCAAAGCAUUUAUAGCGGGCGUUUUGUUUAUUUCUUUUUUCUGAUUUUCAGUCAAAAGAAACUGCGCAGAAAUCUACAAGUCCGCAGGUAAACCAACUGACGGUAUGUACACCAUCAAACCUGAUAAUUUGCCUGCUUUUGAUGUAUUUUGUGACCAAACAACAGCCGGUGGUGGUUGGACAGUGUUCCAGAAAAGACUGAACGGCUCGGUUGAUUUCUACCGCUCCUGGAAAGACUACAAACAUGGCUUUGGUGACCUGAAAAGUGAAUUUUGGUUGGGACUGGACAAGAUUCACCGGCUGACCUCAGAUAAUAACAGCAUGCUGCGUGUGGACUUAGAGGACUUUGAAGGGAACACAGCUUAUGCCGAGUAUAACAUGUUUGGUGUUAUGAGUGAGAGAGACAAGUACAAGCUGAUCCUUGGUUCUUAUUCAGGUAGAACCGUCAUUUCGUCCCUCCUAUUCUAGUCAUUCAAAAAGGAGGGGGAGGGGGUGAAGAGAGUGCUGAGUAAUUUUAAUAUGCUUAACAUCUUUUACGUCAAUAACUUUAGAAGACCAAAAAAAAGUAAUCUCAGCUCAUCGAUAUGCAAUCUUGAACAACGCAUACCGGACGUUGAUAAGAACUGUCAUUUCCUUGCUUCUUUUCUAGUCAUUCUAAAAGAGGAGGGGGGGGGAGAGUGCUGAGUAAUGUAAAUAUGCGUAAACUCUUUUAUAUAAAUGGCUUUGGAAGACAAAAAAGUAACCUCAGCUCAUCGAAAUACAAUAAUCUUAGACAGCGCAUACCUGACAUUAGUAAGUCCCAAGGUAUUUCGCCGGUGGAUCAUGCGCAGUUAACCUGACGAACUAAUCCAACCCUGAUGAGUGUCUCGGCAAACAUAUUUAUUGGCAUUAUCACGUUUAGUGAUACCAUUAUCGUUAAAUUAUACUUAUCCGAUAGUUCAAGAUUUCUUUUGAAUUACAAAGGGCUCAUUGUUGGUCAAACGUAAUACUCAUAAAUGCUCGUUUUUUCAGGAAAUUCUGGCGACUCUCUUGCUUAUCAUCGCGGUUUGCCAUUCACCACUAG